GCCGCGGCUCCCCGGAGCCCGCCCCGAGCGCGGCAGGACGAGGGAGCCAGUUGCGCCGCUCGGCACCCCCUCCCUCCGGCGCCCGGGCCGUGGCCGGCGAUGCCCGGUGAGGACCGGGGCGCCGAGGGCUGGGCUCCCCGGCGCGGUGCAGAGCGAGGCAGCGGCCUGGAUGUGUGAAGCGUCCCCAUGGCUCCGCAGGAGGCCAAGCCUCAGGGCUCAAGGGAGGCCGGGCCCGCGGCGCGGGGGCGCAGGGGCCGGCUCGUGGCGCUUGGGCUCGGUCGGGCCGGCUGGGGAGCCGCGCGCUGCACUGGCGUGAGGGGCCCCGGGGCCGUCGCGUCCCACGAUGCGCCCCCGCGGCUCCCAACGCUGCUGCUGGGACUCCUGCUGCUGGCAGCCCUCCUGGAACACGGCCAGGCCGACCUGGGAACAGACAAUCUGCAGGUGAAUGUCACCCGGACGCCAGAGUCAUUUCCUCCGGGGAAGUUGUUACCGAUUUCACCAACAUGGCCUUUCACAGAAGUCAGGUCUUCUUCAGCAGCAGGCAGAAUCAAGACUGUGCUGGGACAGUCCUCUGACAACACAAGCUUGUCACAGUCAGCCCGAACCCCUGCGUCCAAGACACACCACACAGCUAGGGCUUACAUGGACUUCUCUUCUUCCCUUUACCAAGGAAGCGGACAUAGCGCCUCCCUUGAGCCUUCCAAGGAUUCUACCGAGUCCCUGGUCCAACCUGGGCCUAGAGGGGGACAAGAAGCAGCUGAUGCGUCAGCAGCUCCAGAGAAUUCCAGAGGGCCCACCCUUUCGGCAGAACACACCUCUUCAUCUUUGGUGCCUUCUCCUCUGCAUGUCACCGCACCGGGUCGAGAGCAAGCUAUCUUCUCUGGGGCGGUUCCCGCAUCACCAUCAACGGGGACAGCCGACUUGCCCUCCAUACGUACUUUCCUCCAGCCCACAGAGAAUCAUGCCUCCCCAUCUCCCGUGCCAGAAAUGUCUGUUCCUCCAGCAGAGGGCAGUGACGGGUCCCUGCCUACUGCAGCUAGAGACUUGCUCCUCUCAAACAGAGUUCCUCAUCUUCUUCCCACAUCUUGGACAUUUCCCCGGUGGAAAAAGGACAGCGUGACAGCCAUUUUAAGGAAAAAUGAAGAGGCAAAUGUGACGAUUCCUCUCCAGGCCUUUCCAAGGAAAGAGGUUUUGAGUCUUCAUACUGUAAAUGGAUUUGUCUCUGAUUUCAGCACCGGUCAUGUCUCAUCUCCCAUCAUUACAGCACCAAGAACAAAUCCCCUUCCUUCAGGAUCACCUCCACCUUCCAUGCUCUCCAUACAAGCCACCCAGACUGUUCCCCCAUCUCUUGGUUUUUCUAACACCAAGCCAGAGACUUAUGGAGCUGCUCUGGCCCAUUCUGGGUUGCCAGCUUCAGCCUCCAGACAGGUGAGAGCAUCGCUCUCAUCCAUGGAUGUCUAUGAUUCCUCAACAACAGGGGACAUGAAAAAGCCAGCAACCACAGAUGUUUUCUGGAGUUCUCUUUCAGCAGACACUGGAUCCCUUUCCACGGAAUCAAUAAUAUCUGGCUUGCAGCAGCAAACAAAUUAUGAUUUAAAUGGACAUACAAUUAGCUCCACAAGUUGGGAAACUCAUUUAGCUCCAACGGCUCCUCCCAGUGGUUUAACUUCAGCUGCCAAUGCCAUAAAAUCUCAGGAUUUCAGAGAUACUGCUGGGCAUUCAGUGACUGGAGAAGGGUUUAGCACUCAGGACCUCAUCCUCGGUACAAGCACUGAGCAGCCUGUGCAGCAGUCAGACGUGACCAUGGUUGGAAGCCAUAGAGACCUGUGGCCCCCAAGCAAUAACAGCCAUUCCAUAGACUUCCAACCAGCUGAAGUUGAGAAUGACUCAUCCACAAGUCAACAUUCUGUGUCUCAUCCACAACUACAGUUGCCCGACCAGCCAACACACCCUCUUUUACUAACCUUGUCAAGACCAACUUCUACAGGUGGCUUGCAGGAAAUGGUUUCGGAUGGAACAGAUACAGGUUCUGAAAUUUCCAGUGACGUCAAUUCAUCACAUGAGAGAAAUACUUCCAGACCGUUCCAGAACAUCUUGAGAUAUAACUCUGCUGCUGAAUCUUCUAUAUCGACCAGUGUCUUUCCCAAGACCUCCUCCAGAGUGCUGCGGGCUUCUCAGCACCCCAAGAAAUGGACAGGUGCAGCCACUAAUGCAGUGGACACAGUGUCAUCAAAGGUAGAGCCAACAGCAGCAGCUGCCGUCACGUUGUUUCUGAGGAAAUCAAGUCCACCUGCACUGUCUGCAGCCCUGGUUGCUAAGGGCACCAGCCCCAGCCCUUUGGCCGUGGCCUCAGGACCAUCUAAGAGCAGUUCAAUGACUACUCUUGCUAAAAAUGUCACAAACAAGGCCACAUCUGGCCCAAAGAGAGUGCCAGGGGCAAUCCAUACAGCCUUCCCGUUCACGCCAACCUACAUGUAUGCAAGAACAGCGCAUACCAUGAGCACACAUACAGCCAUGCAAGGAAACAUGGGCACUGCCUCUGGCCUGUUGUCUACGACAUACCUCCCUAGGAAACCACAAGCCAUGCACACUGGCCUCCCAAACCCCACCAACCCGGAGAUGCCCAGAGCAUCCACGCCACGCCCCCUGACAGUCACGGCUGCGCUAACAUCCAUUACAGCCUCAGUGAAGGCCACCCGGUUGCCACCAUUGCGAGCAGAAAACACAGAUGCUGCCCUUCCCGCCGUGUCAGCUGCGGUGGUCACGACUGGCAAAAUGGCAUCCAACCUGGAGUGUCAGAUGUCCAGUAAGCUCCUGGUGAAGACAGUUCUCUUUCUCACCCAAAGGAGAGUGCAGAUCAGUGAAUCCUUAAAGCUCAAUAUCGCCAAAGGGCUUACCCAGGCUCUGCGGAAAGCGUUCCACCAGAACGAUGUCUCAGCUCACGUGGACAUUCUGGAAUAUUCUCAUAAUGUCACCGUUGGUUAUUAUGCUACCAAAGGGAGGCUGGUGUACUUGCCUGCUGUGGUGAUGGAAAUGUUGGGUGUGUAUGGAGUCAGCAAUGUCACUGCAGACCUGAAGCAACACACUCCAAACUUGCAGUCUGUGGCAGUACUUGCCUCCCCAUGGAAUCCCCAGCCUGCAGGCUACUUCCAGCUGAAAACAGUGCUGCAGUUUGUGAGCCAAGCUGACAACAUCCAGUCCUGCAAGUUUGCUCAGACAAUGGAACAGCGGUUGCAGAAAGCAUUCCAGGACGCCGAGAGGAAAGUCCUGAAUACCAAAAGCAACUUGACGAUUCAGAUUGUGAGCACGUCCAACGCCUCCCAGGCAGUCACCUUGGUGUACGUCGUGGGCAAUCAGAGCACGUUCCUCAAUGGCACCGUCGCCAGCAGCCUCCUCACCCAGCUCUCGGCUGAGCUGGUGGGAUUCUACCUCACUUACCCACCACUAACCAUUGCUGAACCGCUGGAAUAUCCCAACCUGGACAUAUCAGAAACAACCAGAGACUAUUGGGUAAUUACAGUGCUGCAGGGCGUGGACAAUUCGCUGGUGGGACUGCACAACCAGAGCUUCGCCCGGGUCAUGGAGCAGCGCCUGGCCCAGCUCUUCAUGAUGUCCCAGCAGCAAGGCCGGCGGUUUAAACGGGCCACCACCCUGGGAAGCUACACUGUGCAGAUGGUGAAGAUGCAGCGUGUGCCAGGCCCGAAGGACCCGGCGGAGCUGACUUACUACACCCUGUACAAUGGGAAGCCUUUGCUGGGGACCGCAGCUGCCAAGAUCCUGAGCACCAUUGACUCCCAAAGGAUGGCCUUGACCCUGCAUCAUGUUGUCCUUCUGCAAGCUGACCCCGUGGUAAAGAACCCACCCAAUAACCUGUGGAUCAUCGCUGCAGUGCUGGCUCCCAUCGCUGUGGUCACGGUCAUCAUCAUCAUCAUCACUGCCGUGCUCUGCAGGAAGAACAAGAAUGACUUCAAGCCCGACACCAUGAUAAACCUGCCGCAGAGAGCAAAGCCUGUGCAAGGCUUUGAUUAUGCCAAGCAACAUCUGGGACAGCAAGGGGCAGAUGAGGAGGUCAUCCCUGUGACUCAGGAAACAGUGGUCCUCCCACUGCCCAUUAGAGAUGCUCCUCAGGAAAGAGACGUUGCUCAGGACGGAAGCACCAUCAAGACCGCCAAGUCCACUGAAACCAGGAAGAGCAGGUCGCCCAGUGAGAAUGGCUCUGUCAUCAGCAACGAAUCAGGGAAGCCCAGCUCAGGGAGACGCUCACCCCAGAAUGUAAUGGCACAGCAGAAAGUGACAAAGGAGGAGGCAAGGAAGAGAAAUGUGCCAGCGAGUGAUGAAGAGGAGGGAGCGGUUCUAUUUGACAGCUCCAGCAAGGUGGCCGCUGAACCCUUUGACACAUCAUCUGGGUCUGUGCAGCUCAUUGCCAUAAAACCCACAGCCCUCCCUGUGGUGCCCCCGACCUCGGACAGGAGCCAGGAGUCAUCAGCAGUCCUCAAUGGCGAGGUGAACAAAGCCCUGAAGCAGAAGUCAGACAUCGAGCACUAUCGGAACAAGCUACGCCUCAAAGCCAAGAGGAAGGGAUAUUACGACUUCCCCGCAGUGGAGACGAGCAAGGGUCUGACCGAAAGAAAAAAGAUGUAUGAAAAAGCCCCAAAGGAAAUGGAGCAUGUUUUGGAUCCAGAUUCAGAACUCUGCGCUCCAUUCGCCGAGUCGAAAAACAGGCAACAGAUGAAGAACUCUGUCUACCGAAGCCGGCAGUCUCUGAACAGCCCGAGUCCAGGGGAAACCGAGAUGGACCUUCUGGUGACUCGGGAGCGACCCCGGCGUGGAAUCCGCAAUAGCGGAUACGAUACUGAGCCUGAAAUCAUAGAGGAAACCAACAUUGACAGAGUUCAUGAGCCCCGGGGCUAUUCCAGGUCUCGGCAGGUGAAAGGCCACUCGGAGACCUCCACGCUGAGCUCCCAGCCGUCUAUCGACGAGGUCAGGCAGCAGAUGCACAUGCUGCUGGAGGAAGCCUUCAGCCUGGCGUCUGCGGGCCAUGCAGGCCAGAGCAGGCACCAAGAAGCCUAUGGCUCAGCCCAGCACCUGCCUUACUCGGAGGUGGUGACCAGCGCUCCUGGGACCAUGACACGGCCCAGGGCUGGGGUGCAGUGGGUGCCGACCUACCGCCCAGAAAUGUAUCAGUACAGCCUGCCCCGGCCGGCUUACAGGUUUUCCCAGCUUCCUGAGAUGGUCAUGGGCUCACCGCCGCCACCCGUACCUCCUCGGACUGGUCCUGUGGCUGUCGCUUCUCUCAGGCGAUCCACCUCAGACAUCGGCAGCAAGACCAGAAUGUCCGAGUCGGCGGGGCCCGAGCCCACCCAGCUGCACGACAGUGCCUCCUUCACGCAGAUGUCCAGAGGCCCUGUGUCCGUGGCACAGUUGGAUCAGUCGGCUUUAAAUUACUCAGGUAAUACGGUGCCGGCGGUGUUCGCCAUCCCAGCUGCCAACAGACCUGGCUUCACCGGCUACUUCAUUCCGACGCCUCCCUCCUCCUACAGGAGCCAGGCCUGGAUGUCCUAUGCAGGAGAGAAUGAGCUCCCGAGCCAGUGGGCAGAUUCGGUGCCCCUCCCAGGCUACAUUGAGGCCUACCCCCGAUCACGAUACCCGCAGAGCUCGCCCUCCAGGCUUCCUCGCCAGUACAGCCAGCCAGCCAACCUGCACCCCAGCCUGGAGCAGGCCCCCGCGCCCUCCACAGCGGCCUCGCAGCAGAGCCUGGCAGAAAACGACCCCUCGGACGCUCCCCUGACCAACAUCUCCACUGCGGCCCUCGUGAAGGCCAUCCGGGAGGAGGUGGCCAAGCUGGCCAAAAAACAGACAGACAUGUUUGAGUUCCAGGUCUAACACCUUAGCCCCCGCGGGACGCUGGACUUCCGAACUCUGAGGACACAGCCUUUGGGUUUCCCAUGCCUAUGGUUAGGACUUGAGGCAUAGCAAUGGGUGGCUCUUUCUCACCCUCCAUUUCUGAAAAGGUGAACUAUGGGGCUUCUAGGAACAGAAAAAUCUUGAACAACUAGAUUCUUGGCUCGUCCAGCUGACUGUGUGUCAAGAAGUCCCUGCUUGGGGCCUUAUGUUUGAUAUUCUCUCAUGUCAAAUGUUUGAACUGUGGGCGUAUUCUCCAUGGAGACUUAGUCAUGAGAGGCACUAGCUAAUCUACAGAUUCCUAUCCAAUGCCACAUUUUAAUAAAUCACCAGAAGUGGGAGAACAUAGCUCUUAUCUUCGGUGACCUCUGCAUGUUAACUCUGUUUCUGUGUUAAAGGCAAUGCAAAAGUGUGGAUUAAGCACCAGACUGUACUCUCAUUCAGCCAUGACCGUGAGCAUUAAAAUCGUCUCUAGUCUGUAAGGGAGACACUGACUCCAGCCAAGAAACCUGAGCCCUUUUUUUUAGGUUCAUAUUCAAAGUCAAAUGAACUGGAUGAAAGUCAGUACCAAUGGCUGUGCCUAUAAAUAGGCCUGAGUCUAUGUUUCCCUCAUCAGUUAAACAAAGGCCAAGAAAGAGAGAAGAUGAGAGGGAAUGGUGGAUUUGUGUUGACAGAUUUUUUUUUAAAGGUGUUGCCAUUUUGGAAAUAAAAGUCCCCUACAACUGAAACAGAAUCGGUGCUAAGAGCUUUUAGGAUCCUACAAAAGAAAUACAGUUAUUUGUGGAGGGUUUUCUUUGCCCUGCUCUGAAGGUGGGCUGAGAAUGGAGCUUCUCUUUUUCUUGGAAUAAUAGAUACAUCAGCUUUUACAAGAAAAUCUCUGUCUCUUCAACAAUGAUGUCCAGCCUGCGCUGCUGAGUGAUACAAAAGGAAAUAGUAAUUGAUCCCUGUUAGAAACAGGAGUGGUAGAUCCACAGUCUUCCCAGGCCGCAGCCUCUGUUUAUAGAAGCUUCUGAAUGUAGAAAAGCUGUUGAAUUUCAUGUAAAUGUAAAUAACCUUUUAUAGUGUAUGGAGUUAGCCAGUUCCCCCUAGUUAAUGGACAUAGGAAGACAUCUGCUGAAAUGGCAGGGCGGCCCCCUUGUGACCAUGAUGUUGCAAGUCGGCCUCCUUGGCAUGGCGAGUUGGUUUCCAGAGCUCUGGGUAGAGGACAACGCCUCACAGCACUGAGGCACCAGCUGCUGCCUACCCAUUAACGCAAGCAAAACAGCUACUGACUUUGUGUAGCAGGGAGACUGGGGACUGUGCUUCCCUCACCAAGUGUGAGAGCCUGUGCAGUGUUGGGGUCUUACUUGGUAUCUGUUGGAGAGUGAGGUCCUGUCCUGCUUUCACCCAUGACCCAUCUAGCUUCAGCUGUAUCCAUUUUCUUCUGAGCCCAUCUUUCCAUUGUCCUCACGAGUUUCUUUGGUCUUUACUGAAAGAAGAUGGUGGAAAUUUAAAAGUUGAGAGAAGACUAGAAAUGGAACUGAUUAGAAGGGGAGGUUCAAACUGUCAAAGCACAGACUUUUCAAAGAAGUUGUUUUUAUUUUCCAAUGGCAAAUUGCCCUUUCUGGAAUGUUCAGAGAUGAUGUGUCAUGGAACACCCAAACAAGUCUCUUGUUCGGAUGAUAAUAGGUAGUGUCCUUUUAGUAUGCUGGUUGACCUUUCAUAGUGUUAGUUUUUUGUUACUUAAAAAAGAAAUCAGCUAUAAAUAAAAUGUAUUUUUGUAAUUCCCGUGUGUAUAUAUGGUAUAUUUCUAUCAAUGGCCAGUCGUUGUAGUCCAAAACCUAAAUCAGUUUGCAAAACACUGUGGACAGUGCAAGAUUUUAUUGACAGGUUAACACAAUGCCUACGUCUAUCCACAUAGGCAUUCAAUGCACUUGAAUGAACAAAGAGCCAAAGAAACUCAGCCUUUUCAUGCAAAUGGUAUGAGUCUGAUAAAAUCAGCUACAUUGUCCUGCUUUAUCAAUAAUAAUAUUUCAUUAGUGCAAUGAUAUCGACCAGUACUUUGUCUACUUGGUAAAUGCCUGGAAAUACUGUAUGUGAAAAUGACGUUUCAAGACCCUACUGUAAUUGAAAUAUAUGUAAAUUUCAGAAGACAGUGUCUGAACUGUGGAUGUUUCAAUGACUUUUACAGAGACCGAGUCUACAGUUUGCAGAGCUAUGGCUCCAGAGGGCUAAGAGGAUAGAGUUGCAAAUCACUGUGGUCUUUGCAGAGCCCCAGGAAACACUGAGUGAGUCAACUGAGACAACUGAAAAUAUAGCAUGCCAAAUCAGAUACUCUCUUAAACCACACACCAUGGGUUCAAGAAUAGUAUUAAUAGAUGAGAGGAAAAACAAUCAGCCUGUUCUUGUUUUCCCACUCCUGGGGAGACAGAGCCACCCUGGUCAGAUUUUCAGUGGCUGAGAUGUGGUCCCUUCUCUGAAGAAUCUCCUAACCCCAUAGAGGUGACAGAUACCUGGAGAGCUGACUCUAAGAUGGUCAAAAGUGCCUCAUGGAGUUGAAGAUAGGGUUCCCAGAGAGCCCCGAGGAGGCAGCAAUGAGCAAACGCCCUGUUCAUCAGAACCCUCUAGAUAGUCACAGAAGACACAAAGGACCUCGGCUGACCUCAGAGGAGGAAGCAGAAGUACCGAGAAGUGGAGUGACCGGCCCAGUGAUCCAGUCCCAGCCUGCUGGUUCACCAGCCAACUUGCUUUCCAUCUCACCGUGUGGCCUGCAGGCUUGCGGGCAGCACAUGUCUUUAGCUGUGCCCAGAGGUUUAAAGAAAAUGGUAAGGGUCAUAUGAAGAACUCCAUAAUGUUCUUGCCAAGAAAAAAGAUGAUUGAGUAUAUAGGAACUUCAGAUACAGUGUGUAGAGGAUGAUGCAUUUGUGGGAUAAUAAACAGUUUUCAGUGCUGGUUUUGA